AUGGCGACCAGAAAUGUUCUCGACCUGCACAUCUGUAUUGCUGGAGCCGGAAUGGGCGGUCUAGCAACCGCAUUGUCCCUCGCAAAGCGUGGAUUCAAAAGGAUUGAUGUCUAUGAGUCGGCGUCGAACCUAGGCUUUGUUGGCGCUGGCAUUCAGCUGGCACCAAACAUGGCUCGAAUCCUCGAUAGAAUGGGUGUCUGGGCAGACAUUGAGAAGGAAGCCGUGGAUUUGAAGGGAACCAGCAUAAGACAGGGCUCGACCGAUAAAGAGCUCGGCAGCGUGGACCUCAACUACAUCCGCGCCACGUACAAUUACCCUCACAUGGUUGGCCACCGCUCCUCUCUCGCCAACUCGAUGUAUGAAGGCUGUAAGAAAGAGUCCAGCAUCAACUUCAUCUUCUCCACGACAAUCACAGCGGUCCAAUCCUUCGGCCCAAUUCCCACCUUCACCAUCCUCCCACGCAACGGCUCUCCGUCAGACGUGACCUGUGAUAUCCUCUUGGCCUCCGACGGUAUCAAAUCUGUCGUUCGCGAGCACCUCCUACGGCACAAAUCCAUCGACGCCAAGAUCAUAGACACAGGACAAGCAGCCUACCGCAUCAUGCUAACCCGCGAACAAAUGUCCCACGACCCCGAACUACUUUCCCUAAUUGACACAGAAGCCGUAACUCGCUGGAUCGGGGAGAAACGACACAUCAUCGCCUACCCAGUCUCCAACAAACAAAUCUACAAUCUCUCCACCGUACAGCCCGACACAAACUUCGCAGUGGGUCCCUCAGCUACAUACACGACCAAAGGCAGCAAACCGCAAAUGAUAAAUGUCUUUUCCGAUUUCUGCCCCAAAGUUCGAAGAAUGCUAGAUCUCGUCCCGGACGGAGAAGUCUGCGAGUGGAAACUCCGCGUCCACGAACCCCUCCCCACAUGGAUCGAAGGCUCCACAGCUCUAGUUGGGGAUGCAUGCCAUCCGACUCUCCCGCAUCUCGCCCAGGGAGCCGCGCAAGCUAUCGAAGACGGAGCUGUUCUUGGAGUGGUUCUGAGUAAACUUCCUGCAACGACCCCGGAAGCUAUUCACAAAGCUUUGAAAGUCUACGAGGUGGUGAGGAGGGAAAGAGCGUAUGAGCUUGUGGAGCUCGCGGCUGCGAGUGGGAGGGCGUUGCAUUUGGGUGACGGGGCUGCCAAGGCUGAGAGGGACAAGCAGUUUGCUGCUUUGAAGGAUGGGAAGGGGCCUGUGCCGGACAAGUGGGCGGAUGCGGAUGUUCAGAAGAGAAUUUAUGGACUUGAUGUUGAGGAUGUUGCUGAGAGGGAGUUUGGGGAGAUUUAUGCCAGGGUCUAA